AUGAUUUCUGAGCAGCAAUUCAGGGAAGACGUGGUACUCAAAUAUACCGAUGUUAUCGGUGAAAACUUGGGUGGCCAUGUGAUCAAGGUUUCGGAUGAAUGGUUUGCAAAAGCCGAGAACUUGAUCAAGCCUAAACCACCUAUCAGAGAUGCCACUCGAUUCACUCACGCCGGAGCUUGGUACGAUGGCUGGGAGACCAGGAGACACAACCAGGAGGAGGCCGAUUAUGUGAUUAUUCGCAUGGGUGUUAGCUCGGCAAAAUUGAUUGGAUGUGAAGUCGACACAGCAUUUUUCAAUGGUAAUCAUGCACCCCAUAUCUCGGUGGAGGCGGCAUUUUUGGAGCUGGAGAAGUCAGAUAAGAUAGAACAUGCUCAAUGGGACACUGUGAUUGCCAAGGUCGAGUGUGGACCUUCUCAAAGACAUUUUUUCGUCAGAGACUCUCUCACCGAUAAGGCGUAUACUCAUGUGAGACUUAGAAUGUACCCAGAUGGAGGAAUUGCCAGAUUCAGGUUAUACGGCACUGUUCUUCCCGUUCUUCCUCACGAUAGAUCUGCUAUUAUGGAUACAGCCUCGGUCAAAAACGGAGGUGUGGCCAUUCGUGUCUCCGACCAGCACUUUGGUGUAGCUAGCAACUUGUUACUUCCAGGAAGAGGCCACGAUAUGUCUGACGGUUGGGAAACCAAGCGUUCUAGAGAGCCUGGUCAUGUCGAUUGGGUGAUUGUACGCCUUGGUGCUAGAACUGCAGUGAGAGAUGUGGUGAUCGAUACCGCUCAUUUCCGUGGAAACUUCCCCCAGUAUACCAAUGUCAAGGGUAUAGAUGUUGAGAGUGACGAUAAGGUCCCUGCUUACAACAGCAGCGAAUGGAAGGUACUUGUUGGUGACCUGAAAGCGGCUCCUGACAAAGAGCAUACUUAUCCAGUUGACAAUCACCCAGUGUGCUCACAUGUGAUGUUGACUAUUAUUCCUGACGGAGGUGUCAAGAGAUUUAGAGUUAUUGGCACAUUGGCAUAG